UUAGAACGAUUUUAAAACCGAUUUAUUAGGUACAAAUGUAAAAACUGGGGAUACAUUUUUAACCCUUCUUGUCUUUUAUUUUGAAAAAUAAGAGCGGAAUAACGUUUGUAGGUCGUUGCUGAGGACUUCACCUUUCCUCGAGUUGCACGCAAUAGAAAUUGUUUGGAGACACUUAGGUAGCCAUUUGAAAACAUUGAUUUUCCCGGGAACAGGACGAUGGAAUGAUGAAGUGAUUCGUUCUUCUCACAGGCUAACUGUCAUCAUUUCUGCUCAGAGAAACAUGCAGCACUGCUCAUCUCCAGUAUUAGAGGAAGGAGAUGAAAUGGAGGGUGUUAAGGAGAAGCAUAAUCGACUUUCUCGACCACACAGGAUCAGCGAGAAUUCGAAGGUGUAUCGAUGGGCUGACCAAGCCGUUUACCUUCUACAGGGUUUAAAUGAGCAGCGAGAAUGUGGUCAGUUGUGUGAUGUGGUCUUGGUGGCAAACGGACAGCGGGUUCACGCCCACCGUGCCCUGCUGGCCGUCUCCAGCCCGUACUUCCAGGCCAUGUUCACCCUUGGUAUGCGGGAGGAGCGGCAAGAUGAGGUGGAGCUUGUAGGUGCCUCGUUUGUGGGGGUUAAGGCGGUUGUGGACUUCCUCUAUAGUGGCGAGUUGUCCUUGGAUGGUGGAAACGUUGACUACGUACUGGAGACGGCUCACCUGCUGCAGGUUUGGCAGGCUGUCGAUUUCUGUUGCCAGUAUCUGGAGAAAGAGGUCAAUGAGGACAACUAUCUGUACCUGCAGGACCUGGCGAUGCUUUACAGUUUGGAGCGUCUGGACACCUUCAUAGACCGCUUUGUUCUGGAGCGAUUCAGCACUCUCUCCUUCAUGCCCAAGUUCUUGAAAGAUGUGGGAUUAUCCAAACUCUGUUCUUACUUAGCCAGUGAAGAUGUGCAGCAUGAGAGUGAGCAGACCCUACUCCAGGUGGCCCUCCAGUGGCUCAGCCAAAAGCCUGAGCGCUUGCCGUUUGCCCACCAGCUCCUUUGCCAUGUCCGCUUGGCCCUGAUUGCACCUGUGGAGUUGGCAGAGCAUGUCCUGCCUGCUGUACGCUCUUUAAUGCCACCGGAUUCAGGCUGCCAAGCUCUGGUGGAGGAAGCACUAGGUUACCAUGCUCAUGUCAGUGCUCAGCCUGUACUACAGACUGCACAGUCAGCCCUGAGAGGAGGAGUGGAGCACCUGUUGCUGGUUGGAGGAGAGGUGUAUGAGCGUGGUGAAGAGCUUAGCACUGAUGUAAACUGGCUAGAUGAAGAAGCAGGAGUGUGGGUUGUAGAGACACAGCUACCCGCUCAGAGGAGCCACCACUGCGUUGCAGUUCUGGGGGGAUUCAUCUUUAUCGCUGGGGGGAGUUCGUCACGGGAUAACUGGGGAGAUGCUGCAAGUAACAUACUCUACCGAUAUGACCCACGUAACAACACCUGGUUCAAGGGUGCCAACAUGAACCAACGGCGAGUUGAUUUCUAUCUCGGAACCAUGGGAGAUUGUGUGAUUGCUGUUGGGGGACGCAAUGAAAGUGGCGCCCUAUCAUCUGUUGAGGUCUAUCAUCCUGUGGAGGAUUACUGGACCUAUGUAGCUGGGCUGCCAAGGUUAACUUAUGGCCAUGCUGGCACAACACACAAAGGUGUAGUGUACAUCUCAGGAGGCCAUGACUAUCAGAUCGGACCUUAUCGACGUGACAUGCUCAGUUAUGACCCGGGUGCCGGGGGCGCAUGGGUAGAGCGGCAGGCUAUGCCUCUAGCUCGAGGCUGGCACUGCAUGGCAUCACUGCACGACCGAAUCUAUGUAAUUGGUGGCAGUGAUGACCGUGAGGACAGCAUGGAGCGUUUUGAUGUGCUAGAAGUAGAAGCCUUUGACCCACACACUGAGCAGUGGAGCAGGGUCGCCCCACUGUGCUACCCAAACAGCGAAGCAGCUGUUGCUGUAUGGGAUGGAAAGAUCUACGUUAUGGGAGGCUAUACCUGGGAGCACAUGGACUUCUCAGAAAACACUCAGGUGUUCAAUCCAGAGAAGGGCCAGUGGGUGAUGGGACCCAACCUACCAAGGUACAUUGCUGGGGCCUCUGCGUGUGUGUGCACAGUCCGAGAUCGAAAGUCCUGCAGCACUGAGCAGAACAGGACAGGAGGGAAAGAGAAAGACAAGCAAAACACAAGUCAAGGACAAGACAGAUGACUGGAAGUAAAAAAAAAAAAAAGGUUCAGUAAUGUGCCCUGAUGGGGCAGUUAUUCUCCCGACAUGCAGGUUACAGCACCAAGGGUGCAGGCCCUUAUCAGACACCAGUACUUGCUUAUGGAAGCCGGAAUUGGACUGAUUAAGUUUGGAAUUGCUGAUUACUAAAGGUUGAUGUUACAGAUGCUUCUUCAGUCUUUUAUUAUUCAGGGUGAUUCUAUGUGUAGGAAUAAUCUGCAGUGUCACUCAGUUUUGUGCUGAAGCAGUUUGCUCCAUGGCUUGGUUUAUGUGAAAUGUUUGCAUUUGCAUUUCUCAAUAAUAACAGAUUAUCAUGAGCAAUCACUUUUAUUAUUAGAUGAAAACAUUCAGAACGUGGCAUCGGUUUAUCCGUCGUCUCUGAGGCUCAGUUUAGCACAGUGUGUGUUACAAUCACAGUCAAGUUCGGCACUAACACUCUUGAGUGAGUAUUUUAAAUCAGACGAUUUGUUGUAGUCGAAAUGCAUUUGUUUAAAAUUUCCAUCUGAUCAGAAGAAAGAUGAAACACGUCUCUCUUUCUCAUGCAUACAGGAUUAAUGACAUUUCACUUAAAAAGGGUAGUAAGGAUGAGAUUCCAGCCUGUGGGGCAAAAAAAAAAGAUAGUUCACAUGUAUUUGUUUUUGGCUGCUCUUUUAAAACUGUUGUUUGAUGAGACGUGUGAGUGAGACGAGUGUUUUCUCUUACUCUUCUAUAAUGCAGGCCUUCCAGCCACGAUUCAGAGACCUGAGUGCACUCAUAUCCUCCAAGUCCAGGCUGAAAUCAAAGAUCUGCAAAAUAUACACCAGGACAUUAUUGUAGACAUUAUGGAAAUGUCUCUAUUUUAAAAUACUUCUUAUCUUUACCAGCCUGCAGGUCACUUGUGUACAAAUAAAACUGAAGUGUAAGGGCCUUUUUACACCUGGUCACUUCAUGUGUUUUCUCUGA